CCCCAGCCUUGGGCUAGAGACGUAGGAGGGCCUCCAAGGCUAAUCAGCAACGAUUUGAUUGCUUUGUUUUUGUCCCCCUUUCCCCUCAACAAUCUCCGACCCGACGAUAAUCGAUUCCAAUCCCUCGCUGGAAAUACCUUCGCCCACCGUUCACUUUCACCUUCCCGUCUAUAAGACUCCCGCCGUUCCUUUGCUGUUUGUUGGCUCGGACCCUCAUUCGAAGUCUAGCCCUUUGCUUGCCCCAAGAGGUCAUGUGUACAGCACGGUCAAACCUUGGCGUGAUUUUAGUGGCACACACUCCUUCGACGAGAGGCAAACAAUCGCUGGCCCGGCCUAUCUCCCAAGAUGGUUAAGGCCGACGUGCGGAGAGACUACUACGCGGACUUGGGUCUCACCCCCAGCGCAGAGACAGAGGACAUCAAGCGGCAAUUUCGGAAAUUAGCUUUGAAGUACCACCCCGAUAGGAACCCUGGCCGCGAGGUGGAUUUCAUCGCCAAGUUUCAGGCCAUUCAAGCCGCCCAUGAGAUCCUCAUCGACCCCCAACAACGGUUGCGAUAUGAUACGGACCGACUGCGCGCUGGGUACGGCAAGUUCUAUGGGCCCUCUAAGACUAGUCAGCCUCGAAAGACGGCCGCAACCCCUCAGCCUUCCACAUAUUCUCCGAAGCCUCCACCUACCAAGCCACAACCCUCCACACGGCCACAGUCUUACCAUGCGGGUCCCUCGAGUGGCGCCCAACGGUAUGCCAGCUAUGCACGGGCGGCUCCGAAACAGCCAUGGGAGAAGGCGCAUGACGAGGGACAGACCCGGGCGGACGCCUAUCGAGGGUUCCAAGAUAUGAAAGGGAAUGGCAUGCCAGGUGGAUGGUCGUCAUUUGACCCCCGUACGGGACGCGCAGGUUAUAAUGGAGCCACACCCAGACCGACCAAGGCCAAUGGACAGUCGCCAAGGCCCAAGUCUGCCUUCGAGUACUUCAGAACGUCCAACAAGCAGGAGAGCCCAGAGGCUGCGCGAACUCAGACUAAGAAAAAGAAGAAGCAGGGGUUCGCUCCGCACGUCGCGGGCGGUGAUGAGCCUAUGGCCACACACACUUCGUCCUACACGAGCCGGAACGAACGUGCACAGACGCCAAAUGCGUAUUUUGGGGCUGCGCCGUCGCCGACGGCUAAGAAGUCUGCGCCGAACCGGACAGAUACUCCUGAGUUUGAGAGAAUGAGAAGGGGAUAUGCUAGCACUGGAGGAGAAAAAACUUUCUUUGGUAGUGCCAACAUUGGGCGUUCUGCGAGUACUCGAGACUCAACUGAAAGCCCCAAACCUCGCUCGCGGACCAAUCCAUCCAGCCCAACUCCUCCCGCGGGAGGCCGGUGUCGUAGCGCUAGUCCUAAUUAUAAAGACAAGAGCACAAACUAUUCGUUCACGAGUAGCUCUAGUGAGCUUGACGAGGAGGACGAGGAAGAUUUUCUGGCGCGAAAGCCCAAGGCGACCCCCAAGAGCAGGCUGCACCCUCACAAGAGAUUCACUGCUUUUCACACAGAGCAGAACUCGGAGACCGUGUUUGGAUCCUCUGGAAAUGAUGCUACCUCAGCAAAGAAUCCCUUCGACACAUCUAAUAUCUUCAGUUUCACAAGCCCGCUGGACUCAAAACAAGACCCCGAGCAGAGUGGCGUUCCUCCAAGUGGGAGCUUCAAGAGCAGUAGCCAUGAGCACUUAAGGAAUACGUUCUCUGCGGAGAACUGGAAUGGCGCCGCUUUCUUCGAUAGCACGGCUCCAAACUUAGACGGGCGAGGACGCACAGCGACUCGCGAUGCGAGCGAAAGGAACGGACAUUCUGUGGAUACAUCCGAUCAUGCAGAAUCUGUCCCCGAACCAGAUCCUCAGCCUACCACUACCUUCGCCCAAUACGGGUUCCCUGCUGAUCAGUGGACCGAGAUGUUCAAGAACAUGUCAUUUGAGCCGGAGAAAGGGAAGACUCAGCAGACACAGACAGCCUCGUCCCAGCGACAGACAAGCCCUCGCAAACAAAGAACUGCAACAAAGACGCGGCCUAUCCCGAAGCCAGCUACUGUCACGACGGAAGCCGACGAGACACAGACAACUUCGGAAGGGAAUAACAUCCCUGAAUCGGCUAAAAACGGGGAUGCCGGCGUGGAGGCGAUGGACCUUGAUGAUACGCCACCCCCCGCCGCAGCAGGUAAAGCAGACGGUACGACGAAGACUGAGAAGGCAGUCCCAGUGGCGAAGCCAGCUUUGAAUGAAGGUCGGAGGGAAGAAACUGCCAAGAAUUUCAAUCUAGAAGAUCUGAGCAAGACGGUUCCUCUCACGCAAAACACAAACGGCGGCAUAGAAGAUCUUCAAGACAUCAAGUUUACUCUGCCUUUUGAAUCACGUCCGGAGUACCCUAAAGCAACGAUGCGCAGCCGUCGUCCUCGUGACCUGGUGCUGCCCCAGCCUCCGAAACGACCAACUGCUCCCGAACCAAUUCCCCUCAUUGCUGGCUCCGAGCAGCUGGUAUUGUCUCGGGCAGCGUUUGACCGUUACACUGCAGAGAUGGCAAUGUACAUGUCUGAAUUUCACGCUUGGAAUCGCCGCAUGCUACGGCACUUUGAUGCGCGUCAGGAGGCCAUUGACACGGGCAUGGCGCCCAACUGGAUUUACGCUGUCGGGGAUGCAGCCAAGGUCAAGCUGAAUCCUGAGGACGAACAGGACGGACCGGUAGCAGGCAGUGGGAAAGGAGGUUACAAUGCCUAUAGGCUGGCCAUGGAACAAGAUGAAAGAGUCGAAAAGCACUGGCAGGUGGGUCGGGAACUACACCGGGACGCCAUUUACAAACUCGGCGAAUUGCGCGAUUGGGUCGCUGGCGGGGGAAAGAUGGUAUAGAGCUCAAUGGAGUAUGACUUACGAGGCAUCGGACCGCGGUAACGGCCUCAUGCAUGCAUUGGUUCUGGGCGUUGGCGUUGUGGUCAUUGUUAGCUGGAUGAUGAUAUCCUGUGUAUCAUAUUCUCUCAUGGUUGUGGAUAAUUUUCUUUCUCUUAAAGAAGAAUCGUGUUUGGAUUGCAGUUUCUGAG